GUCCCUUGCAGCUGAAAAUGACUGCCUGUUGACGAUUUGUUUGGGUUAUUUGGGUGGGCCUUACAAAGUUACUACACGUUCAUAAAGAUGUUCUCCAGGUCCGUAACUUGUUAGCCGGUACAGGUAACGGCCAGUUUGAUAUUUCUGAGUGACUGGAACGACUGGCCCCGUUGACAAAGUGUUGUCCUGCUCGUCUGGUCACAGGUGCGCACAAGCGUCGUGCCUGUGAAGGCUGCAUCGACAACAUAUGAGUUCUCCAUCGGCGUUGAGGCCUCCAAUUCCACAGACAAUGGGGGCUUCGCCAAACUCGGUGCGUGGAAGCUCGAAGCUGCGAGCUCGUUCUUCAUCGGCUGGAAGGGGUCCUGAUAAGGGUCUUCGUGCUCGCUACUGGGCUUACUUGUUUGAGAACCUCCAGAGGGCUGUAGACGAGAUCUACCACACUUGUGAGACAGAUGAAAGCACCUUGGAAUGCAAGGAGGCCAUUUUGAUCUUGGAGAACUAUAGGAAAGAGUUUACUGCCUUGAUCAAUUGGAUACAGCUGAGUAAACAACUUGAGAAUACGCCACCUCCAGACAGACCGACGUGUCUAGCCUGGGAGGUGCGCAAGUCGUCACUGGGACGAGGAGUAACACCACGGAGCUGGGGUCUUCGUUCGGGCAGCACUGGUCAGCGCUCCCCAUGCUUAGUUUCAGUUGCCAUUCAGUGUGGCACUAGCGAAUCUGGCCAGGUGUGUCCGGACUCAGUGGAAAAACACCCAGUCACAGAAAUGACACCCAAGAGGGACAUUUCCAGCAUAACGUGUGUUCCAGCUCCCAGGACUGCUAUGGUGCCAUCAUGCGAUGUUGUGCCCGAAACUGUUGAAAGUGCUGGCUCUGAAAAGAGCACGUCUGUUGACUCAAGCCUUGCGUCUCAAGCCAAAGCCCCAGCAUCGCCUCCUGAUAGUAGUUCCAAAAGCUCCACCAAGGAGCCUUUAAGGUCUUCUUCUGGUGUGACUGCAAACUCUGAUGUAACCAGACCUUCGAGAAUUUCGCCAGCCACAACCCCCACAGGUUACGUGCCUUCAGGUACCCGGCUGGCAGCUACGAGAGCAGCUAAGCUGACGCGUACAACCGUGGAUGCCAAACCCAAAGUUGCUGCAGAGAGCAAGGCCAUAUCGUACAGUUCUUCGUUGAAGAGCGGGCAGCAGUUGGCACAUUCCACUGCGACAAAGCCUCGUGUAACGGAAUCCAGUGCAUCGGCGACCAGGUCAAGUGCUGUCGUUCAUCCGCAGAGGACGAGUGUACCGGGCCGCAGCUCGUUAACAACUCCGUCAACCGUACACCCGCCAGCUCCAAUUUCUCAAAAGCCUGCUUCUGCUCGAACCGCGAAUGCGUUGGUCAAGUCGGGGGAAGACGGAAAGAGUGGAUCCACCCUGUCGCUGAGCAGUAGCUCCAGUGGACGUAGCUGGGCAGACAAAGUGAAAGGACCGAGCGCCCCUGAAGCCCACAGCCUGACAAAAAGUGCUUCCUUGGACCCCAUUGCUGUGGAGCUUGAUGACUCCGAAGGCUGGGAGACUGUCCGUCGCAACAAGCCACGCUCGCGCAAUUCUCCUCCCAAGAAAAUGCUGGCACACCAGGCACCGCCAAGCCAAGCCAUGGGAGUCAAGCGGUCUCCGUCAGCGCCAGCUAUUUCGGCACCAGCUCCCAUACAACCUGUGAAGGAUAAUGUUGUACCCGAAGCUUCUCCUGUAAUGGAUGCUAGAGAGGAGGUAAACCAAGUCUCUGAAACCGUUGAAGCAAAUGAACUGUCCCCAAAACAGGAUGAACCAUCACAAGAAGAGGAAUUUUCCCAAGAACCGAAGCCCAUGUCACCUUUUGAGGAGGAUGUCGUGGAGGUCCAAGAGCAGCACUUGAAGGUCUCUGAGGAAAUGGUUCAUGACAUGGGACUGAGCUGGGGUGACCAAAUGGAUUGCUUGGAGGAGCUUGAACUGCGCACACCAGGACGUGCACUUCAGAUGCACGAGAAACUGUCUUGUGCAACGCGAAAAAGAUCCCUGUCUGAGACCAUACAACGCCACAAGGAAAAGCAAGCCAAAGCACAGGAGCAGAGGGAACGCAUUCGGGAAGAGAAAGCACAGCGCUGCAGAGAUCAGUCUAAAAAGGUGGAGGAGAAGAAAGCUCAACAGGAGGAACUCCAGCUUCAACGGCGACUAGUUUUAGAGAAGCGACUGCAGCGAGCUGCUGAGAAGCGGGAGCUUCAGCUGAAAAAUAAAGUUAAGAGGGCCCACGAUGAGGAAGAGAAGGUCAAUGAGAUAGCCUUCAUUAACAGCCUGGAGGCUCAGAACAAGCGUAUUGACCUUCUGUCACGUGAAAAGGACCAUGAGGCUCGCCUGCAGGAUAUUCAGGAAGAACGACAAAGAAGGCAAGAAGAAAAAGCUGCAAAAGAAGCAGCUGCCGAAGAACGACGCAAAGUUCUUGAGGCUGAGCGUCAGGCCAAACUGCUGGAAAUACAAGAGAAAAGGAAGUUGAAAGAUGAGAAAGUUCAGCUGCAGCAGCUUGAGAAAGAAAAGCUUCGCCAAAGCCUCUUGAAACAGAAGGAAAGAGAGAGGGAGCAGCGUCUCACUGCCGUCAAUGCAGCACAACUGGCUGCAGCAGAAGAGCUUCAGAAAAAAAUCCAGCUAAAGCAAGAAGAAAGUGCUCGUAGACAUGAAGAAAACAUUGAGCAAAUCAGACAGAAAGCUUUUGAGCUAAGUGUUCGCAAAUGCUCUUCGAACAACGAUGAUGCUCCCCACCAUCAGCCAUACGACACUAAGAAGAUCUGUUCUCUCUGCAAUGUAUUGAUUGGAUCAGAAGUGUAUCUGCUCAGUCACCUGAGAGGAAAGAAACAUCAGGAAGCAAUUCGUGAGAAGUACCAGGAAGUGGCUCCUUCUACUGAAAAGCUGGAAUCGUACAACUUGAAGCACAUUGUUGACGCCUCAGCUGACCAACUUGAUCCCAGCAUAGCCUUGGAUAGGGAAAGACAAAAAGCACACCGGAAACGGUGCAAGAAGCUGAGGCACAAGAUGACUAGCAGGGGGAAAUUGUAUGAGAAGGCCUUUGCAGAAAAAUCGAAGGUCAUGGAACCGAAGAGCAAGUUUAGGUUAAGCAAAGCCGUGAAGGAAGUGUCACGAUGCUUGAGCAGUCAGGGGCAGGGUCCUUGGGACAGUGCCUUGGUGUCGAGCUUGGAUCGAGCCUUGGGUGAAUUGGAACGCACCUUGAUGAUGGGAGGCUGCCCAGAGGGGGACACAUUGCGUGCUCUGGGCGGCCUCACCUGCCUCACUGAACUGCUUGGCUGCCUGUUCAAGUCCACUGCCGAGCUGCAGCCAGUUGUGCCUCCAAGGUGCCUUGUGCGGGCGUGCACUGUGCUGAAGAUAUCUUGUGAGAAGAGCCCCACGAAUUGUGACUACCUGGUUCUGAGUAACCGUGUUGGCUUCCUGCUGGACAUUCUUGUACACCGCCUUAAUCUCAUUGUUCCCGAUGACUGGGCUCCAAGCUCUGGCAGUUGCUUGGAGCCUGGCCAGGACUCAACAGUGCCUGCUAUGGUGGGGCUCAUAAGGGCAGCACUCAAGGGUGUCAUUCGGUCAGACUCUGAGCUGAUGGCCUCUGAAGACCUUGUUCACAGGUUGCUUGAUGUUGUCAGCUAUUCGGUUAGCAUCGGGGCUGUUGACAAACUCUCUCAAUGCGUGGGCAAAGUGCGUGGCUCUGAGACCCCUCAGUUGACAGAGUUUCUUGUGGAGGCACUGGAGUUUGUUGCCUGCCUGGCCUGCAUCAUCACGAAAUGCCGGACAAAGCAUCGCAAGGAAGAAGAUUCAACUCAGCUAGCUGCAACAAUCGGAGUCACACAGCUGGCUGGUUCAGUGUCUCUGCUGUAUGGGACGCUGCUGGAGAUGGGGGUGCCAUCCGGUUGGCGUGCUGGCAACCAGACACCCGCUUUGCUGUCUCCGGGACGGUUAGCCGUCGCCAGCGCAGCAAUAGCCUUGCUUAACCACGUUGCACGGCUUGACUUAGCUAUGUUCCAAGCUGUGCUGGGAGCAGAAGGCAUGUCCCUGCAGCUGCGCCACAUUGCCAGCUACCUGCUAUGGUACUGCACUCACUGGGAGGAAUGGGCACUCCUCCACCAGGUGGUGCUGCUAAUUGGCCAUUUCGCAGUGCUUUCCUUGGACAACCAGGCUGUGAUACAGUCGGGAGAACAACCCACUCUUCUGCAGCUGCUGUGCACGCUACCUUUCGAGUACUUCAGCAAUCCAGAGCUCACACAGGUGCUCUUACCAACGCUUGUCUGCUGCUGCUUCAACAAUGAACACAAUCGCACAGUCCUGGAAAAGGAACUCAGUCCCGUACUGCUUGCUAACUUUGUUGAGGUGAGCUGCAUGCCUUUUUCCUUGAAGUUUAUGCGUCUAUUACCUCAGACAGAACUCUCUGUGUUUGCUCAAUAAAUUUCCCCACAUAUC